AUGGAUGUAGGCGUAUUUCAAUUUCUGAAGGAAGCGCAUCAGAAGAAGCUUCGUGAGGCGUUGCGGAAGGGAAAUCUUACCUUUGGCCGGCGUGCCUUUGCAGGAGCUUUUCAGGAGAUCUUUAAUGAAGGCUUCACUGCCGCUCACAUCAUCUCGGGCUUCCAAAAACGGGCAUCUACCCUCCCACAGACCGACCUGCCAUAG